AUGUUCUACAUGCUUUGGAUGAUUUUCCGGGUGGCGAAAGGUCCUUUCCUGGAGGAUUUCUACCAGUGCGUGACGCACGGUUUCUACACCGACCGCUGGCAGGAGCAGCUGUAUACCACCUUCACCCUAGUGUUUAUGUUCAUCAUUCCACUGCUGAUACUGAUCGGCACGUAUUUAUCCACUUUUAGGACUAUAUCAAGUAGUGAAAAAAUCUUCAGGAUAGAAACGACGGUCUUGGACCGGUCGUACUACCGCCGGUCAGACACAAACCGGCAGCGACUGAUACACAAAGCCAAGAUGAAAUCCCUCCGGAUAUCGGUCGUCAUCGUGGUGGUCUUCAUGGUCUGCUGGACGCCCUACUACAUCAUGAUGCUAAUAUUUAUGUUCCUCAAUCCGACCGAACGGCUCGGCGAGGACCUACAGACGGGCAUAUUUUUCUUCGGGAUGUCUAACAGCCUCAUUAAUCCGCUAAUAUACGGUGCAUUCCAUCUCAUCCCGAUUCGAAGGCGGCACAAUCAGUACAAUCAACAUGUAAGGUAA